AUGUGCAAAUUAAAUGUCCGCUUUUCUAGUAAAGUUAAAUUACUGCAUAUAUUCAAAUACAGAGAUAAAAUAAUACAAGAAAUUUACAAAUUUGCUGAAACUGCCGGUGUAGAAUCUAUUGAAAUUAAUGAGGCAAUUAAAGAAGCAAAAGAAGAUGAUGCUAAUUUCAGAGAAUUUGCGAAAGACAAGGAUACAUGA